UGCUCUGUUCUUGGCGGCACUGCAUUAUUGGCAUCCGACGCCUUUGAAAGAGUCACCGUAUUCACCCGGCGUCCCAUCGAUAUUACCGGCACCAACUCUGACAAGCUAGAAAGCGACUUUGCCGGGCACACGCACGCGUUCAGCUGUCUGGGGGCCUCUCGCUGGAAAAACGGAAGCGACGGGUUUUACAAAGUCGACCAUGACUACAUGUUAAACGCCGCCACGGCGUGCAAAAAGGUCCAGGUUGAAAACUAUUCCAUUUGCAGCACCAAGGGCGCAGACAAGACUCACGCUUCUUAUAUGCCAGGGCUAAAGGCGAGGUCGACGACGAAGAUUUUCUCAUACCUUCUUCCUGUUUCCGCUGCCGUUUCAAGCUCGACUAUUGCCUGGUCAAUGGUCUUUAAUGCGCUCAAGCCCUCGGAGACUAGCAGAUCUGUGAUUUUUGAAAACUCUGAUAUGGUGAAUACGUUUGAAAAUAACCAGUGAGUCUGGUAUAUUUUGAAUAUACAACAGCAGCCAGCAACGACAGGACCGGA